UCAAGUUUCAUUAAAGUACUGGAAGAGCUGCACCUGGUGAUUCGGGUUCGAAGCUGUUUGCUUGAUCUCCAUAAUUGCAACACCAGGCUUGAAAUUCCAGCAUACUCUAUCCUCUAUGAGUUUCACCAUUAACCCAAAUGGUUGCACCACUGUUAACUCGAUCUCUUCUGCGUCCAUCUUCUUCGUCGACUAGUUGGCGGUACCUGUCGGUACCCACCUUUUGCUAUCCGUUCUCGAUUCAUAGUGGAAUGAAGUUCAACGUUUGUUUUAUCCUUGGUGGCCCUGGAGCUGGCAAAGGCACAAUAUGUCAAAAAAUAGUCGAGGACCACAACUUCAUUCACCUCUCUGCUGGCGAGCUCCUCCGUCGGGCUUGCAAUACACCAGAUUCGGCAUUUUGUGCUGAGAUCCAGCGUCAUAUGAAAAAUGGUUCAAUUGUUCCUGCUAAAAUCACUUGUGGACUGCUUGACCAAGCCAUGAAACAGGGUUACCAGGAGUCCAAGUGCAUGAACUACCUGGUUGAUGGAUUUCCUCGAAAUGAAGAUAAUCGGACGUGUUGGGAAGUGGAGAUGGGUUCAAAAACAAUUCUCAAGCAAGUGAUCGUGGCCGAUUGCACAGACGAUAUAUGCAUCGAGCGGUGCUUAGGACGCGAUUCCGGCCGGAUAGAUGAUAAUGAAGAAACUCUUAAACGCCGGUUGCAACAAUUCAAGGAACAAUGUCUUCCCAUCAUCGAAUAUUACGAGGCCAGGAAUCUCGUGUCUCGUAUUGACGCUACAAAAUCGAAAGAAGAGGUAUACAAACAAGUCAACCAGCUUAUGACUUCUCUAGGCUACUGACGGUGAUCAAACUAGCGUGCAUCCAAAGACAUUCACGUUGCAGAGUAUUGUAGCAUCGGCUGUGUCUACCUCUUCGUGUCCCAACCGUUCGAGGUCUUUGUCGCCCAAUCGUUCUCUUCUGGUUACUUAACGCUUAUCUGAUCGUUUAUACUGCUAUUUUCUAAGGUUUAUUUCCACCAUAUGUGUGUAUCCUCACUAUUUUCAUGCAAAAAUAUGUAACCAUCAUGAAGAAACGUAC